AUGCCACCCAGUGUCGAAGAAGGUGGUGAGGGAGUGUCCGGGGAGUUGACUGGUCAGCCUGAAGACAAUGAACACACGAUAGGUGUCGAAGAAGGUGGUGAGGGAGUGUCCGGGGAGUUGACUGGUCAGCCUGAAGACAAUGAACACACGAUAGGUGUGGAAGAAGGUGGUGAGGGAGUGUCCGGGGAGUUGACUGGUCAGCCUGAAGACAAUGAACACACGAUAGGUGUGGAAGAAGGUGGUGAGGGAGUGUCCGGGGAGUUGACUGGUCAGCCUGAAGACAAUGAACACACGAUAGGUGUCGAAGAAGGUGGUGAGGGAGUGUCCGGGGAGUUGACUGGUCAGCCUGAAGACAAUGAACACACGAUAGGUGUCGAAGAAGGUGGUGAGGGAGUGUCCGGGGAGUUGACUGGUCAGCCUGAAGACAAUGAACACACGAUAGGUGUCGAAGAAGGUGGUGAGGGAGUGUCCGGGGAGUUGACUGGUCAGCCUGAAGACAAUGAACACACGAUAGGUUUGAUAUUCAGUGACGUGAGAGUUCCCGGGGAAAUACCUGGUGAUGAACAAGACCGCUUUCACCCGAUAGGUGUGGCAGAAGGUGGUGAGGGUGUGUCCGGGGAGUUGACUGGUCAGCCUGAAGACAAUGAACACACGAUAGGUGGCAAAGAAAAUAUUUUGAGGAGUAACUUAACAUUCAGUUUAACGAAAGAUAUUGGUGAUUUAAUAAGCAAUUGUAGUCAACAGAAUAAACCAGGCAAUUCAACACAUGAUUUUAAGAGGUGUAAUCAGAAGUUGAAAGUCAACGUGACAGUCUCCUUGUCUUUAAAAUAAACUUAUUAUUGUAUUUUAUCAAGAAGAUGGAAUAAACGCAAUGGGACUGAAAAUCUUAUCCUUAUAUCAAUAUGUAGUUUAACUAAAAGCGUAAAAAUUUCAGUUAUUAUUUGUUAAGGCUAACCGUAUUUAAUUCUUUUUAUUAUAAAUAUAAGUAUUAGUUGUUUUUAAACAUUAUAAUAAUAAUACCUUUAUUCAGAAAAUGCCUUUAUGCCUAAUACACAAUUUUCAGGCAGUUUUUUCUUCUUUUUAUUGCAACUUAUUUACUACUUGUGCAGAAUCUUCAAGUAAUAUAAUA